GAUUUGUGAUUGAUUCUUUAGUACAUCAUCAUCAUCAUUAUCAGUAUCAUCAUGUUAAAAACGACAAAUUUCGAAUGGGACAUUAAUGAUACACAAAUUCCCGAUGUAACACAAUUUGAUGAAUUUCAAGAAUGGACCGAUGGCCAUUGUAAAUUCGUAUAUCGUUUAGAUUGUGAAGAAGCACGAAGACAUUCAAGUGGUUGGGCAAUGCGUAAUACGAAUAAUCAUAAUGUUAAUAUAUUGAAAAAAUCAUGUCUGGGUGUAUUAGUUUGCAGUAAACGUUGUAUACUUGAUAAUGGUCAAUCAAUACAUUUACGGCCAGCAAUUUGUGAUAAAGCAAGAAAAAAACAACAGAAUAAAUCAUGUCCAAAUCGUCAUUGUAAUGGAAGAUUAGAAGUACAACCAUGUAAAGGACAUUGUGGCUAUCCGGUAACACAUUUUUGGCGUCAUACAAAAUUUGCCAUAUUUUUUCAGGUAAACAAAUUAAAUUGGAUUAAAUUAAAUUUUUGAAAAAAAAGA